AGCGGGAGAGGAGCCCACCUCGCCUGUCAUCCAAGUUCUCCAGCCGCGCCGCCCCCUAGAGUGCAAGAUGUUCGCCUGCGCCAAGCUCGCCUGCAGCCCUGCUCUGAUCCGAGCUGGAUCCAGAGUUGCAUACAGACCAAUUUCUGCAUCAGUGUUAUCUCGACCAGAGGCCCGGACUGGAGAGGGCUCUACGGUAUUUAAUGGGGCCCAGAGUGGUGUGUCUCAGCUAAUCCAAAGGGAGUUUCAGACCAGUGCAAUCAGCAGAGACAUUGAUACUGCGGCCAAAUUUAUUGGUGCAGGUGCUGCGACAGUAGGAGUGGCUGGUUCUGGUGCUGGUAUUGGAACAGUCUUUGGCAGCCUCAUCAUUGGUUAUGCCAGAAACCCUUCGCUGAAGCAGCAGCUGUUCUCAUAUGCUAUCCUGGGAUUUGCCUUGUCUGAAGCUAUGGGUCUCUUUUGUUUGAUGGUUGCUUUCUUGAUUUUGUUUGCCAUGUAACAGAAAUUACUGCUUGAAAUGUUGGCAUUCAUAGUAAUUAUGGAUAUAAUUCUGUGUAUCUUACUGUGACUCCGAAAACUGUAGUGUCGGUGUCAUGGAAAUGUAUGUUAUUUCCAAAGUCAUUUCAUUAAAGAUGAAAACUUUA